AUGCCCCGUGACAUUCAGAACCACUUGCUUUUCGAGGUGGCCACUGAGGUGGCCCACAAGGUGGGCGGCAUCUACUCUGUGCUCAAGUCCAAGGCCCCAAUCACUGUGGCCGAGUACAGAGAACGGUAUACGCUAAUUGGGCCAUUGAACUAUGAGCUGGCUCAAAUAGAAGUCGAAGAAAUCCCCUUGAAAGAUGACCACAUCAAAACUGCGUUGGAAUCCAUGUCCAACAGAGGCAUCAAGUGGAUGUACGGCCGCUGGUUGAUCGAGGGAGCUCCUCGUGUGUUGCUUUUCGACAUCCACCUGGCUGGCUAUAUGCUCAACGAGUGGAAAGCUGACUUAUGGAACACUGCAGGCAUCCCUACCCCAGACCACGACCACGAGACCAACGAUGCCAUUCUUUUGGGUUACAUUGUCGCUUGGUUCUUGGGUGAAUUGGUGUAUCACGACAGAGAAAGAGCCGUCAUCUGCCAUUGCCACGAGUGGCUUGCAGGCGUGGCGUUGCCGCUCUGUAGAAAGCGUCGUAUUGACGUGACGACUAUCUUUACCACCCACGCUACAUUACUUGGCCGGUACUUGUGUGCUGGCUCCACUGAUUUCUACAACAAUUUGAAGUACUUCGAUGUGGACGCGGAGGCUGGUAAAAGAGGGAUCUAUCAUCGUUACUGUAUCGAGAGGAGUGCUACCCAUUCGGCUGAUGUGUUCACCACGGUGUCUCACAUCACCGCUUACGAGUCUGAGCACUUGUUAAAGAGGAAGCCUGACGGCGUUUUGCCUAACGGCUUGAAUGUGGUCAAGUUCCAGGCAGUGCACGAAUUCCAGAACCUCCAUGCAUUGAAGAAGGAGAAAAUAAACGAGUUUGUCAAGGGUCACUUCUACGGCAACUAUGACUUCGACUUGGAUAACACAUUAUACUUCUUCAUUGCUGGCCGUUAUGAGUUCCGUAAUAAGGGUGCAGACUUCUUCAUCGAAGCCUUGGCUCGCUUGAAUCAUCGUUUGAAGGUGGCAGGCUCCAAGAUGACAGUGGUGGCAUUUAUCAUCAUGCCAGGAAAGAUCAAUUCGUACACUGUUGAGACUUUGAAGGGUCAGGCUGUCAUUAAAUCGUUGGAGGGCACCAUAUCUGAGGUACAAAAGAAAAUUGGUGAGCGUCUUUUCGAACAUUGUGCCCGUUUCCCCAACUCUAACAGCGUCUCAAACACCAAUGGUCAGGAAGUGCCCUCCAUUGACGACUUGAUCAAGCCUGCUGACCGUGUCCUUUUAAAGAGACGUAUCUUCGCAUUGAAGAGAGACGGUCUUCCACCAAUCGUCACCCACAACAUGGCAGACGAUGCAAACGAUCCAAUCUUGAACCACAUUAGACGUGUACAGCUUUUCAACAAGCCCGAGGACAGAGUGAAGAUCAUCUUUCAUCCAGAAUUUCUCAACGCUAACAACCCAAUCUUGUCCAUAGACUACGAGGAGUUCGUCAGAGGCUGUCACUUGGGAGUGUUCCCCUCCUACUAUGAGCCUUGGGGCUACACUCCUGCUGAGUGUACUGUUAUGGGUGUUCCUUCCAUCACCACGAACUUGUCUGGUUUCGGGUGCUAUAUGGAAGACCUUAUCGAGAACACAAGUGACUAUGGUAUCUACAUUGUGGACAGAAGACAAAAGUCCGUGGAUGAGUCGAUCAACCAGCUUGUUGACUACAUGUUUGACUUCACUGAAAAAACCAGGAGACAAAGAAUCAACCAGAGAAACAGAACGGAGCGUUUAUCCGACUUGUUGGACUGGAAGCGUAUGGGCCUCGAGUACAUUAAGGCCAGACAGCUCUCGUUGAAGAGAGCCUACCCAGAGAAAUUUAAGAACGGUGCCAACCCCUUCCAGAACCUGUCGAAUUUGAAGUUGACCAGACCUUUGUCUGUUCCAGGUUCUCCUCGCACCAAGGGUAUGAUGACGCCGGGCGACUUGGGGUCGUUGCAAGAUGCUGCCCAGGCACUCGAGCAGGAGGACUAUGUGGGCUUCAGAUUGGGUGAAGACGGCGACGGCGACGACGAGGACGCCCCUUACCCACUUACUUUGAGAGGUCUGUCUGCGCCACCGCAGGACGAGUAG